AUGUUUUCCACUUUACUAGAUAGAAUGGGCGCAUCGUCUCGCUCCUCUAGCAAGCACGAUAUAACGCGUGCUCCUUCAUCAGAAUCAAUCAAUACUGCCAUCACCGUCGACGACACCUCGAACCUACAUUCCUCGUCAUCCACACCUCCAACAAGCAUUGGAGACAAUGUUAGUGUUACUUCUGCCACGACCAAGCCCGAGUCCACUGUCGACGAAGCCUCAAUCGCCCCACAGCAAACAGAUAGACGAAGUCGGCGAACACGCGCAAACGUUGGGACCUAUAAUGUUAAGGUUUUGAGCGGCACGGCUGUACAUGCCCCGAGGAAGUACUUAAAGAACAAGGGCAUUCUGGACAAUGAAGCACGGCGUCAAACAAUAUCAGGAGGUGAAUUGGGGGGUGCAUUGGGCUCGACAAAUUUCUCUAGAGACUCCGCGGAAAAAAGUGCACAAAAUUUGGUCAGUGAGGGAAUUGAUGCUCUGGACUUGUCCUGGUCAGCCAAGAAACUGCGCAGAUCAAGCAGAGAAAUCAACUCUCUCGACAGCCCAAAAAACAGUGCUAGGACUGAGGAUCUUUCUCGACGAAAGUCUUUACGAUCAACCCCCGACGAAAAGGUGGAAGGGCUCACCAAGAAGAUCGGCGUGCUAGGAAAGAGGAGCCGAAAGGAAAUCGAAGGAGGUCUUCAGAAGGCAAAGAGGGAGCUCAGAAACCUCGCCGACACAAAGGAGUUUGCCAAGAUCGAGACAGAGCCUGUUGUAUUGGAAGUAUGGAGUAAUGGAAAGUUUGUGCCAAAAGAGUCGGCAAGGAAGAAGAAGAAGGCAGAGGAGGCCUCAUCACAAGUUUCCCAACCCGAGCCCACCAAAACUCCAGCAAAAAAGCCAGUGCAAGGCAGAAAAGAGAAGACUUGGCUGAGGAAGGGACUCUACGCGGGACAGGACCCGGAAAACCUUGAUUGGUUCAAAUCGUCAGGAAAUGUAAAGUCAGCUUUCAAGUUGACUGAUAAGCCAAACCAAGCCUUGCCAUUGCCCCUAUGGAAUGGCCAAAGAUUACUACACGUUGGAAGAGAUUUCAAACUACCGUUCGACAUCUGUGCUCCACUUCCUCCCGGGCAACCUAAGCCUACCGAGUGGUACAAGACUUCUCAUAAUCGAUUCAUUGGAGAAGCUGGUACAAUGUGGAAGAAGUCAAGCUUGUUUGAUAGUUUCUUCUCUAAAUGUAUCUGUAAACCCGACAUGGGCUGUGACGAAGAUUGCCAAAAUAGGAUCAUGCUUUACGAAUGCGAUGAUACCAAUUGCGGCGCAGGCCGAGACAAUUGCACCAAUCGUGCGUUUGCUGAGCUCUUUAAUCGUCGCAAAGGAAACUCGUUUCGGAAAGGUGGUAAUAAGUACGAGAUUGGAGUUGAGGUGAUCAAGACAGCUGAUCGUGGCUACGGAGUUCGAAGUAAUCGCUGCUUCAACCCAAAUCAGAUUAUUGUUGAAUAUACGGGCGAGAUCAUCACAGAAGACGAAUGUGAUAGACGUAUGAACGAGGAUUACAAAGAUAACGAGUGUUACUAUCUAAUGUCAUUUGAUCAAAAUAUGAUCAUUGAUGCAACGAGGGGAAGCAUUGCUAGAUUCGUCAACCAUUCCUGCAGACCGAAUUGCAGAAUGGUGAAAUGGAUCGUGGAGGGUAAGCCGCGAAUGGCUCUGUUCGCUGGCGACAAUCCUAUCACGACAGGGGAUGAGCUCACCUACGACUACAAUUUUGACCCAUUUUCCGCCAAAAAUGUUCAAUCGUGUCGAUGUGGCAGCGACAAUUGUCGUGGUGUAUUGGGACCUCGACCAAAGGAUCAGAAAGUCACCAAGGCCACCAGUAUUAAAGAGGUUGUUAAAGCUGGUAUCAAGGCCGGCAAGCGAAAGCUUCAGCAGAUGAUUGGUGACAACGAAGACGACGAGGAUGCCCAAAUUACAAAGAAACGGAAGACAAAGGCGGCCACAGGAGUCAAACUUAAGAAAUCAAUCUCUUCAAGAUUACUGAACGCUCGUAACGCAAUUGGCUCUAGCAAGAAGACAAUUAAAGUUAGCUCACCCACAGCUGGUGCAAUCAAAACCUAUGGAAAAAAACAGACGAAGCUCUCGUCAAACAGCACGAGCCUGGCAAUUGUUUCGCCCGAGAAGAGUCCUCAGGCCAAUAAAACAACGAGGAGAGACAGUAUCCAAAGUAUAGCCCGAAGUAUGCGUUCGACCAGACGAUCAAGCGUGUUUGAUGAUGCCAACGAGAGUACAAUUCGAGUUGUCACUAACGUUGAGGAAGAAGAUUAA